CCGCCGGGGUCUCCUGGCGACAACGAUGGCGGGGGAUGUGGGCGGUCGCAGCUGUCCGGACUCGGAUCUGCUGCUGCACCCGGAGUUGCUGUCCCAGGAGUUCCUCCUUCUCACUCUGGAGCAGAAGAACAUAAAUGUUGAAAACAACAUAAAAGAAAAUAAAGACGAUCUUACUGAUCUUUAUGUCCAAUAUGCAAUACCAUUGCCUCAGAGAGAUUUGCCAAAGAAUAGAUGGGGGAAAAUGAUGGAGAAGAAAAGAGAACAACAUGACAUAAAACAUCAGACAAAAAGCACUGCCAUUGUAGAAGGGUUCAGGAAACGACCCCUCAUUGUAUUUGAUGGAAGUUCAACAAGUACAAGCAUAAAAGUGAAAAAGACCGAGAACGGAGAUCAUGAUCGACUAAAGCCCCCCUCUCAGGCUAGCUUUACCAGUAAUGCCCUUCGAAAAGUAUCAGAUUCCUCUGCAAGUGUUUCACCCCUAAUUUUGUCUUCCAAUGUGCCUAUGAACAAUAAAAUAGAACACAGUAAUAAUGACACUAAACAGAACCAUGACUUAACGCAUGGGAAAAGUCCUCUGGACCCUGCGAAGUCGCCACCACUAUCCCCUGUUGGAACUACACCAGUGAAGUUAAAGCGAGCGGCCCCUAAAGACGAAGCAGAGGCUGUGAAUAACCUGAAGCCCCCAGAAGCAAAGAGGAAGAUACAACAUGUUACAUGGCCUUGAAGGAAAGUUUCCAAAAAUGUAAAUAUAACAGCUGUAACUAGUUUUUCAAACAAAUUAACAUUUAUUGACAGUAUUUACAAAGACCCUGAUUGUCUUUGUAAGGAAUUUCCCUAAGAGGUUUAAAAUUAAGUUUUAAAA